CCGCGAGCCGCGCUCGAGCCGACCGUCGUCCACCUACGCGCGAGAUUGUCCCGGCGAAGCUCGCCGCGCCUUUCGCCCGGAGCCCACCCAUACUCCUCCUUCUCCUUCUCCUCCUCCUCCUCCCCCCCCACUUUCAGUCCUUUCAUACCGUGGGGGGUGGCCGCAGGUUCGAGUCGCGGGAGGAGGGGAAGUUUAAAAAAAACAUUUUUUUUUAAAUGUGUCUGUAUAAUCCGCUUUAUUCCGAAGUAGUUUUUUUUUGGAUGAGCUCCCGGAUGUUGGCGCAUGGAUAUCUCGCCGCCUCUCCAAUGUGCUGGUGUUGAAGAGAGUAAAUAUGUCGGCCGCUGGGAAUGCAUUUGUCACGGUGUAAGCAGGAUCGGUGAAGGUUUGCUGUUGGCCCGAGCCCUCUGAAGUUUUGCGGGAGAUAUCUAACUGCUGCGAAAGGGCGGAGAGAUUUGCGGCGUCGGCGGUGGUUUUUUUUUCAGUCCUGCUUCACUUCCCUUGAAUGUUGACUUUCGGAUGCUCAGCGAAGAGGGGUGUUUUAAUUUGUCAAAAUGAAUCCUCAGCAGCAGCGAAUGGCAGCCAUAGGGACGGACAAAGAACUCAGCGACUUGCUGGAUUUCAGUGCGAUGUUUUCCCCGCCUGCAUCUAAUGGAAAGAACCGACCAACCACAUUAGGAAGCAACCAGUUUGGGGGCACAGGUUUGGAUGAGAGAACAGGUCCUGGUCCAUGGGCAACAAGCACACAGAGUAGUAGUCCAUCAACAUAUGAACAGCCCAGGGGCUAUGGUGAAGGUUCCCACUAUGGUGAUCAUGUAUCCAAUAGAGAGCUGUCAUCACAUGAUGGCAUAUCAUCAUCAUCUUUCAUAAACCCUGGUCUUGUUGUCAAAAAUACUGAGAGAGUUCCUUUCCCACCCUUUGGAAGAGAUUCUGCCAUGUCAAGUUUAAAUCAGGGAAGUUUUCUGAACUCUGAAAUGGGAAUGGCCAAUUCGGGAGCAGUAUCGCCAACUGGAGUCAAACCAGGAUCUCAGUAUUACCCCUAUACCAGCAAUCCUCGAAGACGGCCCGUGCAAGAAGCGAGUAAUUUAGAAUCCCAACCCAAGAAAGUUCGAAAGGUACCUCCUGGCCUUCCUUCUUCGGUCUACGCAUCAACAUCAACUGAAGAAUAUAGCAGAGAUACAUCUGGGUAUUCUUCAUCCAAACCUUCAGGUUCUGUGUUUCCAGGAUCUUUCUAUAUUCAAGAUGGUAUUCACAAUGGUCCUGAUGUUUGGACCUCAUCUAGUGGAAUAGGCCAGCCAGGAUAUGGAAAUUUGAUGGCAAAUUCUUCAUCCCAUUUGUCCCAAUCUGGUGGCUACAGCAACCUUCAUUCACAGGAACGCCUGAGCUACCCAAUACACAGUGUGCCAUCAACAGAAGUUAACGGAAGUCUUCCAUCUUUGUCUGGUUUCCAUUGUUCCAAUAAUGCAGGUUCAACUGCAUAUGGUGUUUCAUCUCACACACCACCAAUCAGUGGGACAGAAACCAUCAUGACUAACAGAGGAAGCUCAGCUGGCAGCCCACAAACCUGUGAUGCACUGGGAAAGGCUCUAGCUUCGAUCUAUUCACCAGAUCACACCAGCAAUAACUUCCAUUCAAAUCCAUCAACACCAGUUGGGUCCCCACAGGCAAUUGCAGUGUUGUACUCCCUGUAUGAUUCUGAAUUGCUAAGUAUGCUCAAGCCGUUUACUGUGUUUUGGUGUAAUGGCUUCACUCGGUUAUUGGCUUCUAUUUCCAAAAGUUUGUCAAAACAAGUUACAGAUAUAUGGUCAAUCAAUAACAAUUUUUUAAAAACUUUGAGCCCUUCAUUUCUUUCUAAACAGCAGAAUAAAAUGGAGGAUCGACUAGACCGACUGGACGAUGCCAUCCAUGUUCUACGAAGUCAUGCUGUUGGAUCUGCAACUACCAUGCCUGGUGGCCAUGGUGACUUGCAUGUGUUAAUAGGACCAUCACACAAUGGCCCAGUUGGAGGUAUAGGCUCAGGAUUUACACCCGCAGGACUGAUGUCAGCCAACAGGCAUUCAAUGGUUGCAGCUCAUGAAGAAAGUGCAGGAAUAUCUAGUAAUGCCAGUGUUCUGCCUAGUCGUGCACUCCCAUCACAAACUACUGCACUGUCAGACCUGAAUCGACCACAAGAAACCUAUAGUGGAAUGACCAGUGGUCUUCAGAGAUCAAGUGUUAGUCAAUCUAGCACUGAUAUUAAACGAGAAGAAAAGGAGGAUGAUGAAAAUCACAAUUCCUCUGGUUCUGAAGACAAAUCAGAAGAUGAGAGGAAAGAUUCCAAAAUGUCAUCAAGGGCAUCAAGAACAAGUCAUGAUGAAGGCUUUACAGGCGAAGAAAAAGAAAUGAAGGACCGUGAAAGGCGAAUGGCAAAUAAUAUGAGGGAGCGAAUUCGCGUCAGAGACAUUAAUGAGGCUUUCAAAGAGUUGGGUCGCAUGUGUCAGAUGCACUUAAAAACUGAUAAAGCUCAGACCAAACUGAUCAUCCUACAGCAGGCCGUCCAGGUCAUUCUCUGCCUUGAACAGCAAGUACGAGAACGUAAUUUGAAUCCUAAAGCUGCCUGCCUUAAACGAAGGGAAGAGGAGAAGGUAUCUGCAGUUGUAGGAGAACAGCCACUGCCCCUUUCAGCUGCGCAUCCUAGUCUGGGAGAUAAUCACAAUGCAGUGAGCCACAUGUAGGAGCUCUUUCUGCCUGGUAUAACUGAAGUUGUUGAGCAAGAGGGGGCACAUCAUCUGUCAUCUUUCUCUAUAAGGAAGAAAUCUUGUUCUGCCAAAAAGAUGAUAAACUGACGAAUCCUUUCUGGAUCAGAAUUGCAAAUGUGAAUCCAUGCAUUUGCCAUAUCUAUCGAAUAAAGGGGGGGAAGUCGACAUAUAUCGUUGAAGUACUGGAUCUCUGUGCUGCAAAAAAAGGUUUUUUCUACAGCCCAAAGAAAAAAUCUUCCCCACAGUGGAAAAAAGGAGUUAGUGCCUAAGCUUACUUUAAAUCCCAGUAUGUUUUAAUGAAACUUACAAGGAUGUGAGGUUGUUUUGGAACAAAAUUUCAGAAGUCCUUUUUUGCUUGUUUUGUAAGCAAUUGGUCUUUUUGUUUUAAAAAGAGAACUUUUGGUGUCCUUGGUUUGCAGCAUUCCCAGCAAAAAUAUUUGUCUUACUCAAUUGACGCUCAACCACUCCAUAUCUCCCUGGUAGUUGGCUGGGAGGAAUUGUUAGCCAAUGGACAAAAUAUUCUACAGAUCUUCUCUUGCCCUGCCUAUAUGAUCAGGUAUAUCUGGAGGGCCAACAAAAUGAGUGCAUUACAAAAGCUAGUUCAUUCAUUUGUAGGGAGUUAUUUUAUGUAUGAUGAGCAAAACUAUAUUUUUGCAUUAUUAGACUUUACAUUGUAGUUUUUUAAGAUAGCUGGGCAUAGUGUGUACUUAGAAAUUGAAAGGUCUUUGAAGACUUUCAUGUUGCAACAGGAAAUGUUGCAGAUUCUAGGUCUUGUAUGACUAUAGGUUUGUCAUGGACUUAUUCAAGAGUGGGAAAAAUUUCCACCUUUUUCUAGGAUUCCUGCACAAUGAACUGUUAAAAUGUUUAAAAUUCAUAUGAAUUGGUUGUGGAAUCUAAUAAGGAUGUGAGCAACUUGUGUAUCAGUGGCUUGCAUUAUGCCAAGCUGAAUUCAUUUCUGCAGCCGCCUGUGUACUGUGGAAACGAACCCAUUACAAAUAAAACACGGAAUCAGUCUUCCACUGAACAUAUUCACAGACUUUCACCAGCCAAGCAGAAGACAGUACUUUUGACAUAACUUUUUUUUUAUUUUUAAAAAUAAAAGAUGUGAACAAGUGGAAAACGGGCAAUGAAACCGUGGGACUGAAUGAACAAAAGUUUUUGACAUUUUUGGGUAAUAUGCCUGACAUUUCUAAAACUGCAUUAAGUAUUGUGCAGUGACAUUUCUCAGCUCAUUUUGAGUAUUGCAGAUGUAUGUAAUAGUUU